UGACCCCUGUGGCUGUGCAGUGGUUCCUGGAAUGUAUGGUGGUCAAUGAUGGUGGUGGGUGAACAGCUGUAGGAGGGGCUUUGUCAGAUAAGGAUGGCAUUAGGUAAAGCCAUUAGCGUCCUGUGGAUUAUUGUAAUCCAGCCUCUCUAUCACGGCUGGCUCGGUUGCUCAGUGUACAGUCAGCGUUGUCUGGUUUGGAGCAGGUUGGAAGAUGGCUCUCUACGUGCGGCGUUUCCUGCUGGCCCUGCUUCUUCUGGGAGCUAACGUGUUCAUCAGCACUCGUGCUCAAGAGGCGGGAGUGUCUGAGGCGUGGACCAGCAGGUCCUGCAAAUGUGAUUGUGAAGGAGGAGAAGCCCCAACUGAGUUUUCCUCCAUUGGGACCGGCUCUUCCAUGGUGCGAGGAGUGGACUGCAUGCCAGAAUGUCCGUACCACAAGCCUCUGGGCUUUGAGGCCGGAUCGGUGAGUCCAGACCAGAUCACUUGCUCCAACGAGGACCAGUACACCGGCUGGUUCUCCUCAUGGCUACCAGGAAAGGCCCGACUCAACAGCCAGGGCUUUGGGUGUGCCUGGCUGUCUAAGUUCCAGGACAGCAGUCAGUGGUUGCAGAUCGAUCUGAGGGAAGCGAUGGUGGUGUCGGGAAUCCUCAGUCAGGGCCGCUGUGACGCCGAUGAGUGGGUCACCAAGUACAGCGUUCAGUACCGCACAGACGAAAAACUCAACUGGAUCUACUACAAAGACCAAACUGGAAACAACAGGGUGUUUUACGGAAACUCUGACCGCUCCUCGUCGGUGCAGAACCUCCUGCGGCCGCCCAUCGUGGCGCGCUACAUCCGCAUCCUCCCCCUUGGAUGGCACACACGCAUCGCUCUGCGUCUGGAGCUGCUGCUCUGCAUGAAAAAAUGCAGUUGAAGCCUUUCCUCCCCGCCAUCCCCGAGGCCUUGUCCCAAAAGGUUAUUUACUUCUAAAUUGCCCCAUUGUCAAAGUGUGUGGUCUGUUAUUGCAUCCACAGAUUUGGCCCCCUCCAGCUACAUGUAUUAAACCACAAGUUGAAGACAAAAACAUUCUAUAUUUAAAAUACAAACAAAACAGUUUGACUUAUGUGAUUUCAUUAAAAUAUUUGUUUGAUGUGCUAAAUGGGCUGCAUUCACUGCACUCUCUAUUGUCUGUUAAACCACUCUCAUUAGAUUGUUCCAUUUGCAGUGAAAUGGCAUAAAUUCAAAGCAAUAAUUAGACAGAGAGAGAGACAGAGACAGCGUUGCUAUGGAGGUUGUAUCCGAUGAUCUGAGACAAGCUCUUACAACACGUUUGUGUCCUGUUAAAUUCUGUCUGCUUCUCCUGAUAUGUAACAGUAUAGAACAGGGACCUCUUAGUCAGUCUUUCCUUAUUUCCCUUUAAGUUUAGAACUGGGGAAUUCUACAUGUUUCUUACUGUCAACAAAUCCCAUAAAAAGACCAAAACCAACAAAAAAAAUAUCCUAGAAAAUAGUCCCCAACAAAUGCUCUAUUUACUCCUGUUUGAGUAAAUGUUGCUAAAAAACUACAGUGCCCAGCUGAUUUAGAAAAUCCCUUAAAAAAAGUAUAUUAUUGUGACCACCUUUAAAAAAAAUAAAUACUUUUUUUUUUUCAAUUUAUCUUGAAUUUGAACAAAUGGUCUUAGUUCUGUGUUC